GGAGAUGAAUAAAAGAGAGGAAGAAGAAAGGGGAGAGCCUAAAUAAGAAAGAAAACAGUUUAGAAAGGAACGCUGGAAAUUCCAAAAGAAUGGCCAUCGAAAUUCGCGGCAAAAGGCAUCACCUCUCUGCAAAACAACCAUUCAUCCUCCACCAUUCUUCAACCUUUACCAUUUCUAGACAAGUGUUUGGCUCUAACCUUUUCCCACUUCUUAAACCCAUUUCCCAACCUCAAUCUUCCACUUUCCUCUGUUUCUUUUCCUUCCUUCCCAAUAACCCCCAUUUCUGUUCCUUUCUCAACUCCCUUUCAACAAAGUUUCCUCUCUUCUCAUGUAAAACUCCUUUCCCCCUGGCCAUUGGAUUCAUGGGUCACCCCUAAAACUUCCAUCAAGUUCGGAGUGAUGAAAGUGAAAAUCUACCAUUCUGCCAGCGAAAUAAGAAGAUUUUGGGGAAUCUGAAUCGUGAAUUUCCAACUGUCGUCGAUUCGUCCAUUCGGAGUUGAGAAAAGAAAUAGUUGAGAAAGGAAAGGAGGGGCUAACGAAGAAUCCUUGUUUUUAAUCCACUGCGUUGUUGAGAUGUCGAUUGCUCAAUUCCCACGCUCUCUUGAUCUGAGGUUGACCGAGACGAUUGAUUUCCCCUGAAGAUCAUUACCCGUUGUUCUGGGUUCUGAAAUGGAGCAAUUUCGGCAGCUUGGAGAGGCAUUAGGAAGUGUAAAAGCGCUCAUGCUAUUCAAAGAUAGCGUUCAUAUAAAUCAGAGGCAAUGCUGUUUGUUGCUUGAUGUUUUGAGCUUUGCUUAUGAUUCAGUGGCAGAGGAGAUGAAACAGAAUCUUCGAUUUGAAGAGAAGCAUACUAGAUGGAAGGUUUUGGAUCAGCCUUUGAGAGACCUAAACAGGGUAUUCAAAGAAGCAGAAUGGUAUAUUAGGCAAUGUUUGGAAACAAAAGAUUGGUGGGCAAAAGUGAUUAUGCUAUAUCAGAAUACUGAUUGUAUUGAAUUUCACAUUCAUAAUCUGUUGUACAGCAUUACAGUUGUCGUUGAAGCCAUUGAAAUGGCUGGGGAGAGUUCUGGUAGUGAUCAUGAUGAGUUGCUGAAGAAGAAACUAAUCAACUCCAUCAAAUACAGGAGAGAACACAAGGAUUUGAAGAUUUUCAAGUGGAAAUUUGGGAAACAAUACCUUGUUACUCAAGAUUUCUGUAAUCGGAUUGAGGCGGUUUGGAAUGAGGAUAGAUGGUUUCUGCUCAAUAAGAUCCGGGAAAAGAAAUUAAUGGCUUCGUCCAAGUACGAACAACGAUUAACAGAUCAUCUUCUGAAAAACAUUAAUGGGUCAGAAUCUUUUAAUGGAAAGCUAUUGCCAAGUUUAAUGCUAGUGGGAUCAAAGGAUUACCAGGUAAGGAGAAGAUUAGGGGUUGGGAGUCAAUAUAAAGAGAUUCUCUGGUUAGGGGAAAGUUUUGCUAUGAGACAUUUUUUUGGGGAAAUUGAAUCCUUAAUUCCAGAGAUAUCAAUGCUGUUAUCUCUUUCUCAUCCAAACAUCACAAGAUUUCUUUGUGGGUUUACUGAUGAGGAAAAGAAAGAGUGUUUCUUGAUUAUGGAACUCAUGAGUAGAGAUUUGUCAGGCUAUGUAAAGGAGAUUUGUGGCCCUCGCAAGAGAAUUCCAUUUACUCUUCCUGUAGCUCUAGAUUUGAUGCUUCAGAUUGCAAGAGGAAUGGAAUAUCUUCACUCAAAGAAGGUCUACCAUGGUGAUUUAAACCCUUGCAACAUUCUGGUUAAGCCGAGAGCUUAUUCUACAGAUGGCUAUGUACAUGGUCAGGUCUCAGGGUUUGGCCUACCUGCUGUCAAGUUUAAAAACUCUUCCAAUCAGAAUGAAUCUCUCCCGUUCAUAUGGUAUGCUCCAGAAGUUUUAGAAGAACAGGACCAAUCAGGAAGUGCUGAGAGUUGUAAGUAUACAGAGAAGUCUGAUGUGUACAGCUUUGGCAUGGUUUGUUUUGAAGUUCUGACUGGGAAAGUCCCUUUUGAGGAUAGCCAUCUUCAAGGGGAUAAAAUGAGUCGAAACAUUAGAGCAGGAGAGAGGCCACUUUUUCCUCAUAGCAUGCCAAAAUAUGUGACGAACUUGACCAAGAGGUGUUGGCAAACCGACCCGAAUCAAAGGCCGAGCUUCACGUCUAUUUGUAGGAUUCUUCGAUAUACAAAGCGAUUUGUUGCAAUGAAUCCUGAUUACAAUAGCCAGACAGAUCCUGCUAUGCCAACAGUAGAUUACUGCGACAUUGAAUCAGGUUUAUUGAGGAGGUUGCCAUCUUGUGGAAUAAGCGAUGCUGCAUCACCAAUUACAGAUAUUCCCUUUCAGAUGUUUGCAUACAGAGUAGUUGAAAAAGAGAGAGCUGGUGCCACCUUUAAAGAUACCUCGGAAUCAGGAAGUGAUGCCUCAGCAUGUGGGGAUGAAACAGCAUCAUCAAUAGACGAUCCUUUCCCGACGCCGGUUGAGAGAAAAUUACCAGCUCCGCGUGAAGGUAGUAGGAGGCUUUCAUUGACCAAGAAUAAUUCUGAUGUCAGACUGAACAAGCUACCAGGCACACCAAAAGGGCGAUUUUCAAGGCCUCCGCAAAUCAGUCCUCGUGGGCGAAGUAUGCGAAUGAAUUCUGAAAGCCAGCUUAUGGCAAUAAGUCCAAAGAUUAGAAGAUUAUCUGGUCAUGCCUCAGAUUCUGAGCUACCCUAAAGCCAAGGAAGAAGUAUUGAUGUAACUGACGAC